CUUCAAGUAUAAAUUGCCCGCGGUGGACAAAACCGUUCAAGGUCGUAAAGGCAAACUUGACGCAGACUCUUUUCGAGGUUGUUUGCCUUAUGCACUGCACAGUCUUGUUGACUUGGAAUGGUUGACAGCAGUAUUUUUGAUGAAAUACCUGAAGAAAUAAGCGCUCAGUUAGUUUCUUUUUCAGAAGCUACUGAUGAUAUUGAACAGCUUGUAAAAAAAAUUAGCAACUUUUCGAAUGAUUCUAAUACUGAGGUCAGUGAUUUGGAUACCAUCAAAACUGAUCUGUCUUUAUGCUACGCCUUUAAUGCUUUGUUUUUCAUGUAUCUUAGGUGCAAUGGUGUAGAAACUCAAAGCCAUCCUAUUAUGCAGGAAUUGGAUCGUGUAAUGAAUGCGUUGAAAAGGUGUAGAUCGUUAGUCGAAAGAGAAGGCUCUGCACGUUUGAAAUUGGACAAAGAAGCUACAACAAGAUUUGUAAAACAUGCCUUAUGGAAAUCUGCUCAUACUAAAACUAAGAAACGUCGCAUGGAUUCAUCUAGUUAGUAUUGGUGAUGAUAAUAAUUCUUAAUUGAGAAGACCUUCAUUUUGUUUCGUUUUGUAUGUAUAAAAACGAAUUAGCAAUCAAAUGUAAACUUAUACUUUUCCAGAUGUUUUUUCUCAUUUGAAUAAAUUCAUUGUACAAAUGGUGUGAUCAGUACCUGUAAUAUAUCAAUUAUGUCGCCUUUUGUGUAUGGGUUAGGAGUAUAGCCUGACUGUGCAGGCCCUGACAGGUUUACUCCUGAGAUUUUUAAGGAUGGUGGUCCAGUAUUAGCAAUGAGAUUAACUGAGGUCUUGGGUAGAAUUUGGGAACUGGACGUAAUCCCAUCUGACUGGUCUCAAUCACUGAUUGUGCCAGUCUAUAAGAAAGGACAAAAGUCCUCUUGUGACAAUCACAGAGGAAUCAGUUUGACUAAUAUAGUGUCUAAAAUAUUAGCUUCAAUAAUACUU